CACAAUUAGCAAAAGAUGAAAAACUUCAACUUGAUAAUUUACUUUGUAAUAAGCAAGUUUUACGGUCUUUUCAUUAUUGCUCAUUGUAAAGAUUCUUUUAAUGAAAAUUUAAAGGUGAAACCACUUUCUCACAAUCUUGUACAAGUUGAAUUUGAGUUUAUUUUGCGUCGGUUUUUUAACCGUUCCUCAGUGGAUAUAUAUCAGUACAGGAAUUUUGAUAUUUUCCCUAGAAGUUUCGCUCAACUUGUAGAACCUUCAAACGUUUCGGAAUUUAAGGUCUCAUUAACACAAGGCAAUUGGAGAUGGAAACAGUGGGGCGCCCCCAUCUCGGAAGCGGCGCCCUUCGGAGGACGUCUGACAGCUUGGUUCGAUGUGGACGACUCAAAUUUACACGAUAUUUCUUUGCUUCGCGAGGAAGAGACGCAGUUGCAGUCGCAGUGGAAGCUUCUCAGUAGUAGUUUGUCAGGCUAUCUGUGCGGCUCUUUUAGUUUUAUUGAAGAUCAGCAUAAUACAUUCAGCCCGUCUUUCUCCUUUGAACCGACCGGAAAGGCACAUUUUUCCUCUGAGGGUUCCUAUAAAAGAGAACAACUUUUAUUGCGCACGCAUAAAAGCAAGCGCUACUCGAUGUGGCUUGAUUCGCUGUUUUCCUCUUCUGUUUCUAAAAAAAAUCCAUGUGAGAAAAAGAGGGCCAAUCAGAAAUUAUUUUUAUCCCACUAUCCAAUAGAACGAGUUUGUACUGAAAAUCUUCUGCCUCUUUUGAGGCUUUUGCCUUGUCGCUCCGCGCAAGGACUUUCUUCCCUCAUAGACCCCUCAAAACUAUUUUCUGCCAAGUACACUUCGUUAUCGCUAUUUUGGAAGCGCUAUUGUCCAUAUGAAAAGUCUCUUUGUGACGUGCGGAGCGGUGAAUUGGUUGUUACUGUUUCAUACGUAACGGAAAGAGAGCCGCUCUCGUUGGGAAAUUCUUUGUUGCAUUUCUUGUUCAAAAAUUCUUUUUCUCAGCUGGACUCCUGUGCUCUGGCUGAGCAAAGUUAUGUAUCGUUCGAUCCGGAUGGAAGCGGAAUAUUUGCUAUAACUAAAACAAUUCAAGAAGUUAAAGAUGGACUACUGAUGGACGAGAACAACACUUUUUUACAGAAAGAAAAAGAAAAAGAAAAAGAACGAAAGUAUUGGCUUUGGGAUAGUAAGUUUCCUGUGGAAAUGGAACGACGUCUAACUGGCUCGGGAAAACAAAAGAGAGGAAUAUUAGUGCACCUACGAAACAACAUGAAGGGAAAUAUAUCGGUUACUUAUCUAGAAACGCUUCCCUGGCAAAUGCAGCCUUUUCUGCACUCCUUGGCAGUGACUUCCAAAGCUGGAAAUCGAGAAAAUAUUCUUCAGUUUGUGAACUAUAUUCCUUCUAUCGAUCGCAAUAGAUCAGCUUUGCUUGAACUGGUCUGUGUACUGCCUUCUGCCAGCGAAGUUACCAUCUCAUUCGACAUGUAUACAAAGUUUUUGAGGUACUUGGAAUAUCCUUACGACCCUCACAGAGGAUUCCAUAUGGGUCCGGCGGCUUUAAUAAUCCGGGGUCUUCCUGCAGAAUUCUUCCAAGUUACUAACAAAAGGGCUGUUGUGAUGUACUCGUCAAACCUUGUGGUGCUCAUUCCAGCGCCGGACUUUUCAAUGCCGUACAACGUCGUUUCCCUGACUUCCGUACUGCUCACUUUCUUCUUUACUUUACUAACGGGUAAUGUUGUUCGCAUGUGGAAAGUGUCGGAAUCGUAA